CUUGACCUAACAAACGCGCGCGCGUGCACGCCGCUGUGCAAGCCUCUUGCUCAGUACCUCACUCCUCAUCCAGGGUGUUACGUGUGUGUAUGUGUGUGAUGACUGGCAUUCGCAUCCAACCCGCGGGUUGAAUGAUAUCUCCUGGAAGGAACAACAUUUUGGAUCCUAUGGGAUUGCUGACCGCCGCAGUCUGUCUGUUGGCAGCCGUGGGAGUGGGAUGUCGGCCAGUAAUAUCACCCCUCAAUGAUGCAAAGGUUGAAUGUAUUAUUCAAGAAACGUUGAAUGAAGAUGGGUCGCAACAUGAAUGUGGCCCUCAGCUAGCAGCGGAACUUGAUGAAGUGCAAAGACACCAGGGUCUGCUUGGGGAGCUGCAGAGGCUGGCUGAUGAUGAGAGAGAGCGGUAUGAGUACAAUCCAGCUGAUGAGGAGGGUGAUUUGGAGUCGAAGGAUGACGAGAGCGAUGCGGGCAAAACAACAAUGGAAGGUAACCCCAAGAGGAGGGAGAUGGAUGAGCCAAAGGUAGACGAUACGGGGAUCCACGAUGAAGAGGAGAGAGCUAAGGAGCUUGAGGAGCUGCUAGCUGAAGAGAUCAGCAAGAAGGAAAAGGAGGAGAGAAAUGAUGAAGAGCUCAAAGAGCUGCUGAGAGAGUUGAAGAAAAAGCGUUACGAGAUGAAGGAAAGAGGAAGCCCAAAAAGCCAGUCGUCAGAAAAUGGCCAGGCGGAAGACGACACCAAGCAAAAGAUGGCCGCAGACAAAGAGGAAUUCCAGCAAAAGAGUUUUGACGACCAGAGGAAGGAUGAGUUAGAGCUGAGCGCAGAGAAGGAGAAGGUGGAGAAGGAGCUGAAGGAGCUGACGAGCAAGAAUAACCCAGAGGAGGAGAAGGCGAGGAAGGAGAAGCAGGAGGAGCUGGACGAGCUAGUCAAGAAGAUGCAAAGAGUGCAAGACGAGGCGCGAGCGCAGAAGAGCGAUGAUGACGCGGACCAGAGCAAGCCUGAGGGGGACGGAAAAGAGGGUGACAAGGGUAGAGGUGAGAGUGAAGCAAGGAGCGAAGAGGGAGGGGUGGAGGUGAAGGAGCCGCAGCAGAAGAGAGUGAUGGAGAAAGCCAGCGAUGAGGCCACUCGCCAGUUUGAGAGGGAGAGGUUGAAGGACCAGGACGACGACGACGACGAUCCGCGUGGGGAGGAUGAGGAUGAUGAGGAUGACUACAUCAGAGAGGAUGAAGAUGAGGAUGAAGGUGCUUUGGAAGAUGAUGAAGGAGAGGAGCUGCUGGAGAUUGAAGCCCAGUUGCGUGAAGUUGCCGCAGAGCUGAGAGAGCUGCGGAGAGGAUAAACACCCACACACACAAUAGCUCUUGGUUGCAUUCUCAUUCAAACAUUCAGCUCGCCUGAUUCCCAUUAACAGCAUCUGUGUCCCUUCUUUGGAUGCAAAAUGAUUUUUUUCUGGGAACUGUUUCAUCAGUGUCAAUGCUAAUUUUAGUUUAGGAGCUCUCAAUCCAUGGCUUGCUAGAAUAACCUGUAAAUGUUUAGUUGACAGGUGGAAUCAUUCACCAACUGCCACAGAAGCAAGCAUUCAGCACUUUCAUUUAAAUGCCAUUUCUUCCUAGAAAUGCCUAGAAAUUAUAGUGCUGAGUCAUCAAAACAGGCACACAGUGCUUCUUGUCUCAAAUGUUACGUAUAUAAGCAAUUUGUGUGUAUCAGUAUCUGUUUUGUGCAAUAACCGAUACCUAUAUGUGAAGUGUUAUGACUGUUAUGUGAUAUUUCUACCCAAGGGUAAACAUUUAUUAUUCUCAA